AUGAGAGAAAUUGUUCACGUCCAAACCGGCCAAUGCGGUAACCAAAUCGGAGCUAAAUUCUGGGAAGUUAUCUCAGAAGAACACGGUAUUCAAACUGAUGGAUCAUUUAAUGGAGAAAAUUCUGAUAAAUGCCUCGACAGAAUAGACGUUUAUUACAAUGAAGCAAAUGGUGGAAAAUAUGUUCCACGUGCCGUUAUGGUUGACUUGGAGCCAGGAACAAUGGAUUCUAUUCGCUGUUCAACAUAUGGACAACUUUUUAGACCAGACAACUUUGUUUUUGGACAAUCUGGAGCUGGAAACAAUUGGGCCAAGGGUCACUACACCGAAGGUGCUGAAUUAGUAGAAAAUGUUAUGGAUGUUGUCAGAAAAGAAGCUGAAGGAUGUGAUUGCCUUCAAGGAUUCCAACUUACACACUCUCUUGGAGGUGGUACUGGAUCUGGUAUGGGAACACUUCUUAUUUCCAAGAUUCGUGAAGAAUACCCAGACAGAAUUAUGUCAUCUUUCUCUGUCUUCCCAUCACCAAAAGUUUCUGAUACAGUUGUUGAGCCAUACAAUGCUACUUUGUCUGUUCAUCAAUUGGUUGAAAAUACUGAUGAAACAUUCUGCAUUGACAAUGAAGCUUUAUAUGAUAUUUGCUUUAGAACUCUCAAGCUCAAAUCACCAACUUAUGGAGAUCUCAAUCAUCUUGUAUCAAUGACAAUGUCUGGAGUAACCACGUGUCUUCGUUUCCCAGGACAAUUAAAUGCUGAUCUUAGAAAGCUUGCUGUUAACAUGGUACCUUUCCCACGUCUUCACUUCUUCAUGCCAGGAUUUGCUCCUCUUGCUGCCUGUGGUGUUUCUGCUUACAACGCUCUUACAGUUCCAGAACUUACUCAACAAAUGUUUGACGCUAAAAAUAUGAUGGCUGCUUGUGAUCCAAGACAUGGAAGAUAUCUUACUGUUGCUGCUAUUUUCAGAGGACAAAUGUCUAUGAGAGAAGUUGACGAACAAAUGAUGUCUAUUCAACAAAAGAAUGCUCCAUACUUCGUUGAGUGGAUUCCAAAUAAUGUUAAAACUGCCGUUUGUGACAUUCCACCAAAAGGUCUUAAAAUGUCGGCUACCUUCAUUGGAAACACUACAGCUAUUCAGGAAUGUUUCAAGCGUAUUUCUGAACAAUUUACUGCUAUGUUCAGAAGAAAAGCUUUCAUACAUUGGUACACUGGUGAAGGUAUGGAUGAGAUGGAAUUCACUGAAGCUGAAUCUAACAUGAAUGAUCUUGUUGCUGAGUAUCAACAAUACCAAGAAGCUACUGCUGAUGAUUAUGAUGAUACUGAGUACGAAGGAGAAGUUGCCGAGGAGGAAUAG